UUCCGCUGCUCCGUCAUCUACAUCCGGCUCAUUUUAUUUCUGAUUGAAACUUCUUAAUAAUCCCUCAGAGUUCUCUGACGAGAUCCGAAACUAACGGGGAUCUUGCAAUGCUCGCACAGAACCAAUCGUUGGCUUAGAUCAAGAAUCAAGGGAUCCCUACACAACUAUCCCCGAAUCAACCCACCAAACCGAUACCAGGUAACUCCUAGUCAAGAACUCGAAGCGACAGUGGUGGGCAGGUAUUCCGGAGCAAAUGGAAUUCGCUGCGUGCAUUCGAAGCAGUCGAGCGCCGGCCUCUCACCGCGACACAUUUCGUUCCCUCUCUCAGUUCAGCUUCCCUUGUCCUCUCUCUCGAGAGUGCAGUUCUUGAAAACCACCACGACGGUUUGCACGUUUUCUGUUCUGCACCGAACAAAUCCUCCACAGAGACGAAGCCGCAGAGGGUGGUCCGCUGGAGAGUGUACGUGAAUCUUGCGCACGCCGAGGGAAUCACGUGAAUAUACGCGAUCAACGACUGCAUGGGAAACUCUGCGAUGGAUCGGUAGACGGCGGGACAGCCACGUGACAUGAGAGAGCGGCUUCGAAAAUAUUCGAUGGUCGUCCUCCUUUAGACAUUUAGUGACUGUUCAACCCCCUGUGCAAUACGACAUUGUUCAACAUAGGCUCGGCAAGUCAUCAAUAUCUGUUCAACAGUUUCAUCAUAUCCGAUUCAGUGCGCCUGCAACAUUUCCGAUUCACACGCAAGAAUAUUCAAUUUAAUUUUAAUAUCUAUUUAUCGCCACAACAACAAUUUUUUGAUUUCGAAAAGAAAUAUUACAUCCGGCGAUGAUAGAAAAACCAAGAAUGUAAAAGAAUCAACGACACGUGAUCGAAGAUGAGGAGGAGCGGUAUGAACGGACGAGGAGUCGGCGGCAACGGUGAAGGAGCGCUGGUUUUGCUCCUCGUCGCAUUCACUCCUGUUAUCUGCUCCGCCGGAAUCCUGGACCCUUGGCAGUGGGCGCGCAGCGAUCGGAUCGAAGUCAAUAUACCUUGGCUACCUUUCGAGAACGAGACGCGCUGCUAUGACGAGCUGGGUUGCCUCAAUAUCACCAGGAGCUGGUAUCAUCUUAUUCACCGGCCCCUCAACGUUUUCCCAUUGCCGCGGGACGUCAUCAAUACCAGAUUCAUCCUCUAUACAAAUCAGAAUCCCUUGGAUGGUCAAAUAUUAAAAGUGGCCAAAGAUAAAUCCAUCGAAAAUUCCAACUUCAAUCCUAAACGAAAAACCAAAUUCAUUAUACACGGUUUUAUAGAUACACCACUCAGCAAUUGGGUCAAGGAGAUGAGAAGCGAGUUAUUGGUGCAUGGCAAUUACAACGUUAUUGUGGUCGAUUGGGCAGGUGGGAGCUUACCUUUGUACACCCAAGCGACAGCGAAUACGAGAUUAGUUGGACUCGAGUUAGCUCAUCUCAUUAAGCACUUGCAAACAAACUAUGGCAUGAAUCCAAACGAUGUGCACUUAAUUGGGCACAGCCUCGGUGCUCACACGGCUGGUUACGCGGGUGAAAAAUUAGGCGGCAAUAUCGGACGCAUCACCGGUUUAGAUCCCGCGGAACCGUACUUUCAAGGAAUGCCAAACCACCUUCGCCUAGAUCCCACAGACGCUCGAUUAGUGGAUGUAAUUCACACCGACGGAAAGAGCAUUUUUUUCUUAGGCCUUCCAGGGUACGGAAUGAGCCAGCCAUGCGGGCACUUGGACUUUUACCCGAACAAUGGCAAGGAGCAGCCGGGCUGCACGGAUUUGAGCGAGACCACGCCAUCGUUGCCGCUGACCUUAAUACGCGAGGGCCUUGAGGAGGCCUCGCGCGUCUUGGUCGCCUGCAAUCACGUGCGCGCGCUCAAACUCUUUAUCGAGAGCAUCAAUUCCAAGUGCCAGUACGUGGCGCACGAAUGUUCGAGCUACGCGAGUUUCCUGCGCGGCGAGUGCUUCUCUUGCAAGAGCAACAACAGCCUAAGCUGCGGCGUGAUGGGCUAUCACGCCGACACCAGUCCGGCGCUUGUCAAACGCCAGGCCAUGGGACAGGAUGCCUCGUCCUUGCUCGGGUCCAAGUUCUUCUUCAUGACUGGCAAGGAGGAUCCGUACUGCAGGAGACAUUACAGAAUCACCGUCAACCUCGCGCGACCGCCGACCGCGGAGAGCUGGGUGCAAGGUUUCAUGAAAGUCACUCUUCACGCCGACAAAGGCGUGAUACGCAACAUGGACCUUACGCCCAACGGUUAUAUGAAGCUGGAGCACGGAACGACCGCGCGGAUAGUCGUGGCCCAUCCGACCGGUUCUAUCGGCAACAUCGGUAAAGUCAGACGGAUCGAGCUCUCCUGGGUGUACGAUAUGGAUGUGUUGCAACCUAGAUCCUUGUGCUUCUUCUGGUGCAACGACCGGCUAUAUGUCAACAGCGUCAGCGUGGACGCCAUGGAUCUUCCAGGCAGAGGAAAACGAGAGACGGAUUUCACCAGCAAGCUCUGUUCGGCCAGCAGACAGGAAUACGCGGAGAUUGCGAGUGGAUCUACCGCCACAUUCGUCGACAAUUGUUGACGAUCAUGUUCCCCGAGGCGCGAGAAACGUUAUUCGACCGCGCAGUAAUUAUAAAACGCCAACAGCUGCGUCCACCCGGAGGCAGAUGACUCUCGAAAGUCACGGCCGAUGAUGAAGCGAAGUGAAAAAAAAAAAAACGCAGGGGGGGGGACGAGUUUCCUCUAUCAUAAUCAUGUAAUAUUUCUUUCAUGAUAUACGAUGAGGGAAGAGGCGUUUUAUGUCAUGUUUGGCUUGCUUUCUUUCUAUUUAUCGCGACCGAUCCGUCGCUUUCUUCAAACACAAUCCCCGACGCGAUAUUAAUAAACAUUUCAAACACGAGAAUCUCGUCGGAUGAUGACGCUUGGACAAUGGAUUCACCGAGUUAAUCGAGUUCCUAGAUUUAUUCCGUCGGCGAGGAGAUCAAAGACGCGUAACGAGUACGUGAUAUAAUCGCGAGAACGUAUUAGAUUCGCGUAGGAGAAAUUUUUAGCUUGCUAAAUACGAAAUUUUGCACGCGAGCACGUGUGCUCUUGACGGAAGAGUCUUUGACUUUUCGCAGUUUUUUUUUUCUGAUAAAUAAACGGUUUUUUCAGUAUUAGUAUUGAUCAAUUAUGUUGUAAUCCAACAAUAUUAAAUAUUUUAUUAUUCUAAAUCGUCGAAAUAUGAGUUGUGAUAAAUUAGAAAGCAGCUCAUAAUCAAAUUCUCAGAAACUUGAACCAAUUCGGCAGAUAAUUGCUGAAGAAGUGUCGAAUCAGAGUUAGUCAAAACUUGAUCAACCACAGAUUACAGACUUCUAUCUAUAAUAUCUAUAUAUAUAGAAGUCUGUAAUCACAACUCAUUUUUCGAAAAUUUAUAAUAAUAAUUUAUAUUAUCGAGUUAUAAUUACUAUGUGUACAUGUUGUAUAACGUUACGUAAAAUUAAUCUCUCUUUCAUAUGUGAUUAGAGUUUUGCUAUAAGGCUCUUACUAAGCCGUCAAUCUAUGUAUUAUGUAUAUUAAUACAUAGCUUCUUGUACGAUGGUUGUCAUUAUCAUAUUGUCUUUCGCGAAUAUGAUAACAGCUUGUGAUAUUCUCUUAUAAUUUUAGAAACCGAGAGAAACGCGCGUAAUGCGGUUACUCAAGGAUUACGAACUGUACUGAAUAAAAAGUUGUUUAUAGUCUUUAUAAAUGAACUGUACAAAAAACAUAUAAUGGAAGGCAAUUUUUGUUAUAGUAACAAGAAUACUUUUUUGUAAACUCUGUUUUUAUAUCUAUCUGUUGCAAUGUAAAAAGUAAAAGUUAUAUUAGUUAUAAAUGUGGAUAUACUAUUGUAUAAAAAUAAAAGACAUAUUUU